GUUCUCCCCGGCUUCACGCACAGCUCCCAUCCGCCGAAUUGCACAUCUUUUGGGACGCAGGGUGCUCAUCACUUCUUUACCUCUAAUCAAGCUUAAUACUCUCCCCAGAACUUGCCCGCGCCGCCUUCUUUGCGGUUGAACGAGUCAUGGAGCCUUACGACGAUGAUGGUUUUAUCGAGGAGCAGGAGGAACAAGAAGAGGAAAAAACAGAGGAAAAGAUCAUUAACGAAGAAUACAAGACGUGGAAGAAAAAUGCGCCCUUUUUGUACGAUAUGAUUUUGAGCACAGCUCUUGAAUGGCCAACUCUGACAGUUCAGUGGCUCCCUGAUAAAAAAGAAGAACCGGACAAGCCCUACUCGACCCAUCGCCUCUUGCUGGGUACACACACAUCUAGCGACGCCAAAAAUUACUUGCAGAUCGCAGAGGUACAAUUGCCAAACCCAAACCACCCAGAAACGGAGGACUAUGAUGAGGGUCGCGGUGAAAUUGGCGGCUACGGUGGAAGCUCCAAGAAGAACGCUAUGGAAGUCAAAUUCAACAUUGUUCAGAAGAUUGACCACAAAGGCGAAGUCAACAAAGCGAGGUACCAGCCGCAGAACCCUAACAUCAUUGCAACUAUGUGUACAGACGGCAGAGUCAUGAUUUGGGAUCGGUCGAAGCACUCUCUCGUCCCUAGUGGAACAGUGAAUCCCCAACUCGAACUUCUAGGCCAUACCAAAGAAGGCUUUGGAUUGAGCUGGAGCCCCCAUGCAGAGGGCCAUUUGGUUACAGGAAGUGAGGAUAAAACAGUCCGUCUCUGGGAUUUGACCACAUACACCAAAGGCAAUAAAGCCGUCAAACCAUCACGCACUUAUACCAACCACUCUUCUAUCGUCAAUGAUGUCCAAUACCACCCAUUACAUUCCUCUCUGAUUGGCACCGUUUCUGAUGACAUCACUCUUCAAAUCCUCGACAUCCGCGAAGCCGACACAACACGAGCAGCAGCUGUAGCUGAAGGCCAGCAUAGGGAUGCAAUCAACGCGAUCGCUUUCAACCCAGCCGCGGAAACGAUUCUAGCCACCGGAUCUGCUGAUAAGACCAUUGGUCUUUGGGAUUUGCGUAACUUGAAGUCGAAACUGCAUGCGCUGGAAUGCCACAGCGAGUCGGUCACAUCUUUGUCCUGGCACCCGUUUGAGGAAUCGGUGCUGGCUAGUGCUAGCUACGACCGCAAGAUCAUGUUCUGGGACCUCAGCCGGGCGGGAGAAGAACAGACCCCUGAAGAUGCGCAGGAUGGACCACCUGAGUUGCUGUUCAUGCACGGCGGUCAUACCAAUCGGAUUUCCGACUUUAGCUGGAAUUUGAGCGACCCCUGGGUUCUUUGUUCGGCGGCAGAAGACAAUUUGUUGCAAGUAUGGAAGGUGUCGGAUGCGAUUGUUGGCAAAGACUUGGAAGAUGUCCCGACAGAGGAGCUCGAGGCUUGAUUUCCUAUUUCCAAACGGCGUAACGUUUUAAUUAAACCAUACAUGGCAAAAUGCAAGACAAGUAAUGAAAUCAAAACUGUCAGAAUAAUACUAUCAGCAC